GCCUGGCACCAAUCAGAUGCCCCUAGGUGGAAACAGAGGUGGAUUGGGCGGAAGAGGAGGCAAUAUGAGCUCCGGAAGAGGCAGAGGUGCAGUCAUGAGCGGAAACCGGGGAGGAUUGACUGGACAACGUGGUGGCAGAGGCGGCAGCAUGUUCGUGAACAAUGGCAGCGGACGAGGUGGCGCCGCCUGCUCAACAAAAUCCUCUGCGUGGACACGGAUCGAGAGGAGGUUUCAACAAGGACUUUCACAAUCGCAGAGGUGGGUCGUUCAAUACCGGACAUCAGCACCAUCAAAACAAUGCUGCGUUCCGUGGACGAGGACAAGGACAUACUUCAGGUCGUGCAGGCCGUCAGGAUGGUAGUACAAAUUUUGGAAACCGUGAUGCAUCGCAAUUUGCAAGCAGCGGUAAGAAGGACGAGAAUCGGCGCACGCUCACUGACUUUAAAAUUGUGGGCCUCGAGAUGCCUGAACUUGGAUGGACGUGGGGAGUGUUACCAUCUCCUGUCAAGGCUGAAGAAAAAGAGGUCGCCGCUUCUCUUUUGGAAUCCUCACAAGAGCAAGUUAAAGAUGAGGACAUGCAUGUUGGUGUCCCAAAAUUAGAACCCGCACCAACAGCAGACGCGGCAGAUACGAAGCUGGAUGCUCCCUACCAGGAGCAGUCGUCCUCGUUGACGACGCCUCCACCCUCUCGCAUCCGCAUUUAUUUUCACACUCCUGUUUCUCCCGAUGACUUGCAUCCCAUUCCGCAUAAUGCAUCGUAUACUGCACCUCCAGACACGCGCAAAGGCAAGCGCAAGAAGCUUGAGGAUGAUGAUGGCGAUGCAGAGGAAGGUCGAGAAAGACCGCCUCCUCCUCGCAGCAGCCAGAUGGACGAUAAUAUCAGUGUUGACUUGGAUGGAGUGGGCCGCGGAAGUGCAGCGCCCAGCGUGGCAGAAACUGCCAGUGAAGGUGAUUGGCUCAUGGCCGCUAUCGCUGAGGAUGAAGGCGACGUAGGUGCCGAUGCCGAUGUCGAUGCGGCUACUACUGUUGAUGAUAUGGAUGAAGAGGAGAGCCAUGCUGCAAGUGUUCCCCAUUUCGUUCCUGCUACGAAUACUUUUCUCAAUGGGAAUGGCCCCCAUAGUACUGACAUGGACGGAAUUGCCUCUUCAGGAGGUGUUCACGAGCAGUCUGAUGGCUUACAUGCUGGGGACAAUCAUGAUGCUGUCCCGAAUGCUGAAGGAGUCAAGCCAUCAGCGUCCUCAGAUGUCGCUGCUGUUGACCUUGGUGUAAACCAUGGUGGUGCUGUCGCUACACAGCCGAACGUGGACAUUUUGGUUUCUGCACCUGAAGAGGGUGGUGAUGUUUCGCCAGCCACCCAGCCUGUUGAUGAUGAAAAUGUUGAUAAGCUCUUUGAUGCAUCAGCUACUCUAGCUGAUCCUUCUCAUGCUAUUUAUUUGAGCUCUUCCUUUGACACGAGUUCUUCUACUGGUCAUGGCUCUCCUCCUGUUGUUCAGUCUGAUAUGCCUCACAGCGAGAAACAGUCUGCUGAUCAUGCUGGGUUCCUUGAUACGCAGGUAUCCGACACGCAAAUUUCCGACACGAAUCCCCUUCAAACAGAGGCGUCACUUGCGUCAACAAUUCUCGACGAGGAUAUGGGUGUUGGCACAUACUCAGAAGAGCAAGCUGUCUUAGAGCUUACCGGCGAAAUUUCGGUCGAGCACGAAGAAGUCACUGUUCAUGCCAAAAGUGUCAACGAAUCUGCGGAUCAAGAGCACCUUCCUGAGCCCCCUGCCUCUCCUACUUCGAAUACAUUGUUGUCAACCUCUUCCGGUUCAACAUAUGGCGAGCCGUCAUACCCUCCAGCGAGUACGGCAGUCUCAAAAGGUGGCCCAGUGCCAUCUGCAAACCGCCUGUCAAUAUCGUAUGCUGCCGGCAGCAGGCGUUUGGUCGUGGACGCAGGAGUGGUCGAAUACUUGAAGGUUUACCGAUCUGAGGGUCGAAUCGAAGUCCAUAUAUCACUCGAUAAAGGUAGCGACGAUGGCCUCAAGGGCGUUUUGAUUGAGGGACUUUCUGAUGCGACAAAAUCAUAUUCUCCUUUACCAACGCUAUCUGAAGCGUCCAGCACUGAUGAGACUCUACCUUCCUUCUCGAAGGUUUUACUACCUUCAAAGAUCACUUUAAUGGUCCAUCUUGAUACUGAGCGCCCAUUAUCGGAACCUAAGUGGGUUAAGUCAGGCGAUGUUCAGGAGUGGCUGAAGAGCAUGUUUGGAAGAAUGUUCUGGGUAGCAGGGGAUGCUGCUGAUGGGUGGGAAAAAAAGAUCGUAGUUGUAGAUCCUGACCCAGUUCGUUUUCACUAUCUUGACAGGAGUCUCGAUCCUGAUUAUUUUGUCUCUAAGGCUCCGACGAUCUGGACAGUGCUGGAUGGGUGGGCAGUAAACUCCCCUGUUGGUGUUCCCACAGAACGUCAGCGCUUCGUGAAGACGCAUUUGACUGAGGUAGAUAACAUGAUGGAGAUUCUUCUCAGGCUGGUCAGAGGCGAGCGAGCCACCCCCUUUUCCCAAUCUACGCCUGCGAUAUCAGCUCCGAGCGUGUCGGGGCCACUUUUGGCUGCUCUUUCACAGUCCUCGUCGCACGGUGCCCAGCAGACGCACGUAUCGUUGGCGGUACUAGCGUUGUUCCACAUGUCAGUGGACUUUGCGCGGAAGGCUUCUGGUGAUAAGGGAAAGGCAGAGGCAGAGGAGAAGAUGAGUGAGAUAAUUCGAUGUCUGCCGUCCCACCUAUUAUACAAGAGCCUUGAUGGAAUGUUCAAGGAAUGGAGAGCAGACAAGAAGGGGAGCCGUUGAUAGUGAAUAGAUAUGGCCGUUUGCGCUUUCUUCAUUUUGUACCAAGCGUUAAGGUUGUUACUUACAUAGGUCUAGGUACAUUUAUAUUUUGUCACGACUCAGCGUGACACUUCGCGGCUCGGCUUGAAUCAUUGCCAACAUGAGGACUUUACGGCAGGGUUUCCUGCAGGUUGUUCUCUCCCUCCUUCUACUCUUCGUCUGACGCCAUGGACGACUUG